AUGCCAUCAGCUAGGUGCGUAGUUCAAGAGUGCAGCAACGUUUCUAAUCUUGGAGCUGGGAUAUCAUUGCAUCGUAGUCCUGCAGACAAAACGGAGUAUGGAAAAUGGUUGAGAUUUGUUCGUACGCACCGAGCAAAUUUCAACCCCAAAGGCGUCUUUGUGAUCUGUUCGAGACACUUUCGAGAGGAAUGUUUCGAUGGGAUACAUAUGAAAGGUUCUAGACGCAAACUUCAGCCACUUUCUAUCCCAACGAUAUGGAAAAAAGAACCACAGAAACCUUUAUCGGAGAGAAAUCGACGGAAGGUAGGCUUUUUAAAAAAAAAAGAUUAUAUACAGUAUUUUAUAAAAUACUGUAUAUAAGUUAAUUUAUACAUAUUUAGUAUUUAUUUUAUUUUUUAUUUUACAAUCUUUGUCAAAUAUUAAAAUGACAGGUUAUACCCUCCUUUACUAUUGUCAAAAAUCUAAACUGAUUUUCAUGUGCCGAACCUAAUGCAAAUGAACUCAAACAAAGACUUUAGGCAUUUGCAUUAUUAGUUCGGCUUCGGCACAUGAAAAAGUCGACAUAGAACGUGGCCUAUAAAGUCACAUGCAUGUCACAUUGCAUUGAGAACGUACAAUACAUUUUAAGACAACUGGUCAACAUUUAUACUGUAAUAAACUUCUCAAAUUGUUUUCAGGUCAUCAAUGAAAUUCUCAGUGGCAAUGCAGAAAGUAGUCAAAAUAGUACCUCGUUUGGAAAAGAAAACUAUGCUAACAGACCUAUAAACACGCCAGUAAGAGUAACAUCGACCUGGAAAUAAGCGUAUUGAAAUGUAUACAGUUUACUUGAUUGGUUUAUAUAUUCACGUUGUCUCUCUUUUAAAUAGAUGCUGGUCCAACUUUACAACCAAAUAGUACUUCUCAUUUGACCUUGCUACAUACUGAUGCUUUGGGCCCUGAACCAUUUAAUGAAUUCCCGGUGGGUUUAAUCUGUUAAUAUUGUAAAAGCAAUUUACAUACAAUGGAGAAAAAUCUCAAGUGUACUGUCAUGUCACUUACUGUAAGAGUUUUUGAGAUCUAGUUUACUUUCAUUUUAUUCAUAGUUAAUGUAAUGUUUUAUUUUAGCACACGAGUACAUCAUUGCCGUUCCUGCUAUCUGAUGUUCCUGUUUUGUCAACGGAUGAUGACAACAAUCAGGUUAGCACUAAUUUCCAUCCAGCAAACAGCCCUAUCGAUUUUCUAAAGUCUUUUAUUUUGGGUUUUUUUUUCAUAAAUUUGGCUAGGGUUAGAGUUAGGAUUGGAGUUAAAUUAGGGGUAUGGUUUGGGUUAGUUACAUAGCCAUUUAAUUAACACCUUUUCCAUCUUCCAAAAAUGACGUCAGGUCAGUUUGAUGGUUGGAAAAUAGUACUAACCCAAUAAAUCAUAACAUUUUGACUCCCAAGCAUGUGUCUGUCUUUAGAGUACAGAUAAUAUGUUCUCAGAAAUAGUAGCUUGUCUUUCCUGUUUUCAGGUAUUAAAUUCCACUAUCUUGUCUUCUUCAGGUUCCUGAAAAGUCUGAAGAAGUUCGAAUGAAUACAGCACCAUGCAACAACUGCAAAAUUCUCAGAAAGAAGAAAAAGGACCUUCAGAGGAAACUACGGGCUAUGCAUGAUAAAGUUGAUAACUUAAACCAAAAGAUAACUUCAAACCAAAAAGAUUGGAUUAACACCUUUGAACAGUUGAGCCAAAGACCAGUAAUGGUAGAAACUGGUAAGAUAAUUCUUUUGAUUGACUACAAACUUAAGGAAAUCAAAAUUGAUAUUUAUUCUAACUUACUACAUCUCACAUAUUAUUCUUAUAGAUACUCAAACCUGUGACGAAGAGGAUGAAUCUGGGUUUGCUGAUCAACUGGAUGAUAUGGAUGAUUUACACAGUUGUGAAGAUGUGAAUGAAAAUAUUGUGCAGGAUGAUGAUCAACCAUGGACACCUGAUCAGUCAGAUAAUGUCUAUGAAAAGUUAGGGGAGGAUGAUUAUGAAAGCUUAGGAAGUGGGAAAGAUAGGUAUAAUUUUAGUAAUAUCUCUUAUGUUUCAUUCCUGUUGAGAUUAAAUUUAUUAUAUUUCUUGUGAGGAAAAAGUAGAUUUAGACAUGACAAUGUCAGUCUGUUAAUUUAAAUACAAAGCUAUGAUCCAUUUAGUUAUUAGAAGUUCUCGUUAUGGAAAGAGGAAAACCUUUGAAACACAAGAGAAUCAACCACAAUUCUAUUGAAUAUAUUCACAUGUCAUUAUGGACAUUAAAUUACUAUAUACUCUUAAUACAGUAGUAUAGUAUUAGUGUUGGGCUUAACUUUGGACAUUGAUUACAGUUGUGAAAAGGCAGCUCACUAAACACUUUUUCCCAAUGUCUCUAUUUGUUGGUUCUCAAUUAUAGGUUGAAAUGCGAAGGGAAAGAUGUUCGAGAAGAACCUAAAGGAAUUGUAUUUUUAUCAAAACUCCUGCAACUUUUUCAAUUCUGUCAUUUGUGCCUGGCAUCAAAUCCUCAGCUCAGCAUAACCCAAACUGGUACCAUGCUGACAGUGAAAUCUGCAUGCAGCAGUUGUGGUGGCACUCAUAUUUGGAAAAGUCAGCCUUAUAUGUUAGGAAAGUUCCCUGCCGGUAAUAUUCUUUUGAGUUUUGCCAUACUCUCUGCUGGGGCAUCCGUUGGUAAAAUCAUCCUGGUUUUCAAGCAUAUGGGACUACUUUGCUACAGUGAAGCUACCUACUAUUAUCACCAGAGGCAUCUUCUGUUUCCAAGUAUUGUGAAGUUUUGGCAAACAUACCAGGACAAUAUCUUAAAAUCAUUGAACAGAAAGGAUGUUGUACUUGCGGGUGACGCCAGACACGACAGCAUGGGUCACUCGGCAAAAUAUGGUGGUUACACCAUAUUUUGUUGCACCGUUGGACUUAUAAUCCAUAUUGUUAUUAUACAGGUAAUGGAAAAGUUCGACUUAUAAUCCAUAUUGUUCUUGUACAUGCAGGUUGGUUAAUAUGUUGACCUUUCGGUCCUUCCAAGAAAUAAAAUUUAAUUUAUUUAUUUAUUUCGCCCAAUCAUUAUGGUAAUUAUAUUUACUUCAAAAACGCAUUAAUAACUCAUGAAGCAAUUAUCCAAUCUUGAGUAAGAAAUUAGUCACGUGCAUGUCUUUAUACCAGCUAAAGAACACUUUAACAAAAGACCAUUGUUAUGCAAACUAUAUAAAGAUUUUUAUAUAAAAGUAUUAAAGCUACAACUAUAAUAGGGCUAGGAGUCAAAGAAACCUUCAUAGGCUUUUAAGGUAAGACCCCUAGUUAAAAUGAGGUGCUAGCAUUGUGUUUUACGACUACACUUGAGAUAAAUUGUGCAUUUAAUUACCUUAUUUUAUUUGGAUUUUUUAUCAGGCAAAUCAAGCGGGUAAUAGUAACAAUAUGGAGUUUUUGGGACAUCAGAAGGCAUUGGCUUUCCUGCUUGGUACUGGUAUGAUUAUUAAGGCAUUUAUUUCUGACCGACAUCUGGCCAUAACAAAAUGGAUGAGAGAGGAUUGUCCUAAGAAAUGUAAAGAGCUACAAAAACCUAUUAUUGAACACUAUUUUGAUCUAUGGCACAUUGGCAAAAGUAAGUGACAUGUUAAACCAUAGCUGUAAGAUACAAUGUGCCUCAUUAUAUAAUGUUACAUGCGUAAAAAUUGAGAAAAUCAACAACUUGUUCCAGGUUCAUACUGAACAGGCGUGAACAAGGUUGUGCAAUGUGCGGCCCACUAUGAACAGUAUUGUCAACAUGUUACAGCAUUGUUCAACUGUAACAACUUGGAACAACAUGGUUGACAACUUGUUCAUAGUUGGCCGCACAACAUUGUUCACGCCUGUCGAUAUCAACUUGGAACAACCUGUGCGUUUUUAGCCAUGUAGUCUGACCGCUGUCAGACUCAGAUCCUAUACAACUUUACUUGUCUAAGGGAAAGUCUUGUGUAUAAUAUUGUGGUUAGGUAAUUGGUUAAAAUAUAUAAUUUAACUAGCUCUUUUAACCAAUACAAGUGGUGUGCCAUUCACCUUUGACAUUCCUGCAUCGGUCAAUCCCACCCCUUUCCUCUGCCCAAAUGUAAUUCUCUGAUGUUAAUGGCCAUCUUGGGCAAAAAUGGGUUAGGGUCAAUAACAGUCUUCAUUAUAUAUACACCUUGUACUUUAUAUUUACAAAACACUAGAAAUCAGAAAGGUAUUAACAAAACUUAGCAAAGAGAAUGGUUGCGAGGUAAUUGGUAGAUGGAAGAAGGCUUGUAUAAGGCACUUUUAUUGGUCUGUAACCUCAACAGCACUGAAACUCCGUGGUCGUCGUGAUGUUAUAGUUGCCAAAUUCAAGGCUUUUUUUCACCAUGUCCUUAACAUUCAUCAUGACUUGCCCAACAAGAUCUUCAAUAAAUGUGCUCAUGGUCCAAGUACUACCCAGCGUGUUUGGUUAACAAAAGGUAUUCUAAAUCUACUCUCUGUAUAAUGCCUGACAAUUAUUUUUCUCAUCAAGUGAAGAUCAUUGGGCUUUAAUAUUCAUUAAAGCACAAAGGCCUUGCCUUGACGAGUAUGAUGAACAUCUUGCAUUUUAUUUAGGGGCCAUUCACAAAGGAUGUCCGAGCCAAGGGGAGGGGGGUUUGGAAAAUCAGGACAAACUCGGACAUAGGGGGGGAGAGGGGGAUUUUAGCAAUCCGGAUGUCCGAAAUUUUAAAAAAUUCAAAAACAAAUAUCUUUUUCCCUCUAUUUUGAGCAGUCCUUCUCAUUAUGAAAUUGGAAUUUUGACUGGGCGGUUAACACUAGAUUUUGUUUUAAUUAGUAAAUAAUUUAUAUGUUUUUGUAUUCACAUUUAUAGUUAUAAAAAAGUUCUAAAAGUAAAAGAAGUUUUUUACUCUUGACAUAUACAAGGUUGUGUGAGUUUUUGUGAGGCAUGGUGGAUGUCCGAGGGGAGGAGUCACUAAUUCGGACAAUGCCGGACAAGGGGGGGGGGGGGUCUGAAAAUCCAUCAUUUGGCCGGACAUCCUUCGUAAAUGGCCCCUUACAUUAUGCACACAUCUUGCUUUUUCACAGGAUCAGAUGAAUAUGAGAAGUUGGUUGCAAACCUCAGUAAAACUUCCUUAUUAAAUGGUAUAAAAAAUGCAUCGCCUAUAGCACAGACCAGCUGUUUGGAAGGUUAUCACUCUGUUGUUAACCAGUUCACCCCAAAGAUGCUGGCAUACUCUCACACAGGCAUUUUAUGCAGGUCAGUGAUUAUACAGUUAUAGUUUUAACAUUCAGCUAGGGUUUUUUUGUUUUAAUUGUACUUAAAUUAAGGCCAAAAAAUUUAAAUGGGUAAUAUAUAAUUUUAGAACUAUACCUGCUGCUACCCACUUCAAUUACAACCUUCGUCGACAAUCUAAAGUUGAUAUGGAUGGAAAUGUCAAGCUUAAGGUCACCUACCCCAAAUUCAAAGAAGGAGAGGCAACAGUUAGAGAGGUGAAAGUGGUGUCAAAUUAUGGUAAGUUCUUUUAUACAAUGGUGUUUAAAACUUAAUCUUUCUUCUCGAAAGAUGCCAUUUUCAUUAUUUAGCAUUUCCUCCAUCUUUGGAGCAAUUUCAUAGGGUUUGGAACUGCCUAAUGUACUGUAAACUGCUAUGGGCAAAACCUAAAACCCUUGCACCUAUUAACAAAUACAGUUUCAUUUUUUCAGAUUAUGUGGCUGAAAUAUACAAGACCAUGACUACUAUGCCGAAGAAAGAGUUAAAAACUAUAGAGGAUAAGCUGAAGAAAGAUACACCAGAAGCCCUACACAAUAUGUUACCAGAGAGGGAGAACAAGGAAGAAGCAAAGAAUAAAUACAAGUUCAGAAAGACCAAAGUGACAGUUGUAUGCCCUCCAACUUGUUCUGGUGUGUAUUUACAAUCAAAAUUUGCACACCACACCAUAUAACUGUAGAAUUAUAAAGGCUAGAGGUUGUAAAGUUAUCUGUUCACCAAUUUGUCCUGACGAAGGGCUUUCGCUCAAAAUGUCCAGAUUUUAUCUACAUUCUAGGCACAUGUGUUACAACCUCUAGCCUUUAUUAUAUCUAUCUGUGGCUGACACUGACACCACAGUUUACUGCAGAAUUAGCAAAGGGGAUUUGCUCUAUAAAUACAGAUCAGCAUAUAUUUGGAGGGGUGCACACGUCUCAGCUUUAAUCAGUGUAUGCCAGAUUUUCAUAAUCUAUGGCAUUUUUAGUAUUUUUUGUGGAGAUAGAAGACUGCACACCCUAUAAAGAAAAUAUUCACUGGAUCUGUAUGUGAUAUGUAUUUUAUUUUUUACAGAUGCAGAACUUCAAGAUAUAUUGCAUCCACCCACUGCCACUUGCAAAAGAAAAGCACCCAUGUGCAGAAAGUGUGGCAAGCCACGAAAAGGGCACAAGAAAGGGCAAUGUAGCGGUCCAAUAAGUGCGUUGUAA